AUGGCACAAAAUCCCAUAUAUACCGAUCAACAACUGGAGUGGUACCUGAGCCGCAUUGGGUACUCCCACCCCGCUCAAGUCGAGGGCAAUCUUCUUCACCAUCUCCGCCAAGAUAUCGAGAAUGAUGCACUUGCUGCGCUGUGUGAUCUGCAAAGGCGGCAUCUUACUACCAUUCCAUGGGGCAACUCAGGGCUGCACUACUCGCAACAUCAUACGAUCUCUCUGAACCCGCAGAGUCUCUUCGAGAAGAUGGUGGAGCGGCAGCUAGAUGGAUAUUGCAUGGAGAAUUCGGGAAUCUUUUUGAUUGUGUUGCGAUCCCUGGGGUAUCUUGUUGGACACAUGGUUUUGAUUGUGAUCAUCGGAGAAGAGAAGUACAUGGUUGAUGUCGGCUUUGGAAACAAUUGUGCCACUGCUCCACUGUUACUUCAAGAAGGUGCUACUGCUACGGCGAUUGAGCCAUCGGAGAUGCGCAUUGUUAGAGAAAGCAUUGCCGAGUUCACGGAUCCAAGGCAGAAGGUCUGGGUCUACCAAACAAGAUACAACUCUGAGAGUAAGUGGCUGCCACAGAUCUGUUUUUCCGACGUGGAAUUCCUACCGCAGGAUUUUGGGAUCAUGAACUUCUCCGUCAGCCAGAGCCGAACUAGCUGGUUCACCCAGACUUUUGUUUGCAUGCGAAUGAUUAUGGAUCAAACUGGCACGGAGAUCAUUGGCCAGUGCGUCGUGUCGGGCAAAGAAGUCAAGGAGAGACUGCGCGGGCAAACGGCAAUUUUGCAAGUUCUGGAGACUGAGGAGGACCGCAUCCAGGCCCUGGCCAAGUAUUUUGAUAUGCAUCUUCGUGAGACUGAAAUCCAAGGGAUUCGGGGAAUGACCUCGGAGCUCAAGUAG